AUGCCGGCAAAAAAAGGACCGAAAUCUAUAAAUACUAAAUCCAGUUUUGCUGGUGAAUUCGGUGAAGAGGUAGUAUCACCCAGAGUAAUAACCUUUUCAAUAGAACUCAUUGGCGAACCUCCUGGACCUGGCGAUUGGUGGUUAAUAGUCAUUUUUCAUGAGCAAAUUGUAUUGGACACAAAAUGGUCAGACAAGAAAUUCUUACACGUGGAUUAUUUACAAAUAGAUUUAAAAGAUUUGUUUGACCAAAAUAUUUUGACUGAUCACCCUGUUACUUUCGUAAUGCGCCUAGCUGGAGGUAAAGUAUCAAAGGAUCACGAUCCAUUACUGCAUAGUGAUAAUCGGGCUGGUGGAAACGUUGAUCUACUUCCACUCAUUUUGGGUGAAGAAAAAGUAGCGGUAAAAGUUCCUUUAGUUUUUAUUGCAAAUGGUGAACCAACCAACUGCUUUGUAAUUGUACAUGCUCGAUCUAACGGAAUUAUUGAAAAUGCACGAAGUCCUUUAAUUAUGACUAUGAUAUCAGCACAUUGUCUACCUAUAGCCAAAGAAGGGACAGUUUAUAUCAGUGCAAUAGGCUUAAAUGACAUUCAUAUGCCUAAACCAAUAAAUUUUGGAAUGUCCCUAAGUUCUUCUUCUGCUAGUAAAGUUGUGUGGGCGUCUAUUAGUAAUGCUGGUAACGCUGCUAGAACCACAGUCAGUAUUCCUGAUGAAGAUAAAUAUAUACCCUAUGAUUUCGAACCCAAAAAUUAUAGUUCUUGCAAUUCUGUCUAUUGGAAUGCAAUGAAAAGAGUACUUGUUGAUUUACCUUUACUUAAGGAUUGUUUUCGAAAACCACUUAUGGUUGAAGUUGCCGGCGUACCAAGAACUGGCAAAAUUGAUGUAAGAGGACGUUAUAUGGCGUUUGUUGAUGCUGGUGUAAUGUUAGAGCCUGGUCAAUUAAGCAUUACUACCACUGCAAAAUUAUUUUUCUACAGUGAAGGUGAUUUACCGGAACACAUGAGUCCUUUAUUGGACCUACCACCUAUGAGUGCAAAGUUGAGCGCUAGAGAGACAGAUUUAGUUCAAGAUGAGAACGGUCAUAAUGCCUACAUUGUAAUUAGAUUUGAUUUAUUUGAACCUUUAGUACCACAAGUGAAAAUUGCUCAACUUUAUGAUACAAUUGGGUUUUCGACGCCUGAUGGUCCUUCAUGUCCUAUUGACGACUUGCGCGUUGAUCCUCCUCCUGAGGACUCUACAAUAGAUGUUAGGAAAAUAAGAAAAGAAGGAGGAGCACUUGCAGUACAUAAAGAAUUAAGUGGUCUAUCUUGUAAAGGAACACUUCAAAUGAACCAAAGCAUAAAGCGUACAGCUGCCAAUCGUUUACUAUAUCGUGUUCGAUCAAUGCUAAAGCAAUUUCCACCUCAAAAUUGUUCCGAAUUAACUUGGCAAGAUAUAGUAACAUCUCAACACUUGGCUUGUAGGCGAGCAGUAACCGCAUCGUUCGCUCCGCAUCCACCAACACCUAGACCCACAUCACGAGUGGCAGCUGCCCGAUGUAGAGGUGCAGGCGACAAGGAAGUGGCCAAUGAACACAUAAAGAAAAAUCUAAUAGCCUUGAAAAGACAUCCACGACCGUUACUAUCCAAAGCGUUACGCGAUCUAGAGGAAAAUAAUGAAAUAGAAGCUUGUAAUCAUUUACUUGAAGCCUUAAGUUAUCAAAGACGGAAUAGAUAUUUGCUUUGGACACUCGGUGGUCUUCUAUUUGACAAGGAUACAAAAAAUACACAAAAGGCAGCUGCGGCAUUUCGAGUAGCAGUGAAAGGAGAUAUAACUGAUGGUUUAACGAAUGCGAUUGGAUGGGCAGCGUUACACGCUUUUCAUCAUCAUAAUAAAAACUUUUACGCAGCAUUUGUUUCUAGCAAAAAAAUGAGAGAGGCAUACGAAUUACCCCUAGAUUGGAAGAAACUUAUUGAAAGAUGGGUUGAAACUAGCGGUGAAGAAGAAACAUAUUGGAUACCCAGUGUUAUAAAUAUAAGUAACCCGUUUAUUGUAGCUUCAGCUUUUUUUCUUUGUUUGCGUUGUUUUAGCUUUGUCAAAAGACUUUUGAAAUGCGCCGAGGGGGGCUGCGCUAUUCGAGGAUCACGUUUACCCUUGAAACAUAAAAAUCUAGUAGAUAUUAUGUAUAUAAAAGCUGCGUCAUUUCUAUUAACACGAGAAAUUGAUGAAGCUCUAGAAAUUACUAAAGUAGGCAUAAAAACGUUUGGUCCAUCGGCAAUUAUGUCUGAAAUGAAAGCAACGUGCUUAACUGUUGCUCGUGGAUGGGAUGGUGAAUGUGAAGAGAGCCUAUUGGAAGCUGAUCGUGCUGGUUCUGAAAUUCCAGCAGCUCUCUUACUGAGGGCAGCCUUAGGAGGAAUUAAGACAAAUCCAGAGGGAUCUUUGCAGCGUGCAGCACGAGCUCACAAACUAGCUCCAUCCGCAUAUUCUGCUUUAAUUAUUGGCCGUGUGUAUUUAAAGUUAGAAGAACUGAGACAGGCUGAGCGUUGGGUGUCAGUUGCUGUUAAAACUGAACCACUUUUAGCUGAUGGUUGGGCGGUGUUGGCUCUGAUCGCAAUGAGGGAAAGAAACUCAGACAAGGCUCGUACGAUGAUGCGGACUGCUAGGCAAGUUGGCUUAAUCAGUUCGGACAUUAAAGAAGACCUAAAAAAAGCUAUGAAAGUUCAACAUUUGGAAGGGUUACCUGAACUUCUUGUUAAAGAUUUGUGUCUAUGCAAGUACUAUUAAUAUAAAGGUUCCUCUAAAUAUGAUUAAGCCGUUAUUUUUAGGCAGCUCUGUUUCAAUAUUUUUUUAUU